AGCCGCUCACAACUCCGCACGGCUCAGAGGGGAAACUUGGCGGCGGAGCGCGCCCCGCGCCGGCCCUCUGGCUCCGUGUCCUCCCCGGGGCCCGAGGGCGGAUCCCCCGCGGCCCGCCGCCCUGCUCGACCUCGGGAGCUCGCCGGAGCCCUCCGGGGUGCCAGGUCCCGCCGGGAGGUGCCCUCCAGCCGGGCCAUGAGGGGCGGCGGGGCCCCCUAGGGGCGGCGAGGCGGCGGGGGUGGCGGCGCCCGGAUCCCCGCGGCUCGGCCGCUGCAGCCGCUGCCCCCCGCCCGGCCCCGCGGCCCUCGGGAGACCCCGCGUCCUUCCCGGGGCUUCCUCGCUGUCUUGGCUGACGAUGGCUGUGUAGACCGGAGUGUGCCGGAGGGAGCAGGCGGCGGGCGCCGAGCCUCGUACGCCCAAGUCAGCAGCCCUGAGGCCGGGAGGCGGCGAGGGCGGAGGAGCCCGGCGCCGGGAGCGCAGUCAUGAGUUCUGGGGUCGCCGCGAGGCACGGAGACGACCCCGCGGCCGAGCUGAGCGAGCUCCACUUGGCAGCCCUGGCAUCACUCAAGGGAGAUAUAGUGGAGCUUAAUAAACGUCUGCAGCAAACAGAGAGGGAACGAGACCUUCUGGAAAAGAAAUUAGCCAAGGCACAGUGUGAGCAGUCCCACCUCAUGAGAGAACAUGAGGAUGUCCAGGAGCGGACAACGCUUCGGUAUGAGGAGCGCAUCACAGAACUCCACAGCAUCAUUGCUGAGCUCAAUAAGAAGAUAGACCGUUUGCAAGGCACCACCAUCAGGGAGGAAGAUGAGUACUCAGAACUGCGGUCAGAACUCAGCCAGAGCCAGCAUGAGGUCAACGAAGACUCUCGAAGCAUGGACCAAGACCAGACCUCUGUCUCCAUCCCCGAAAACCAAUCCACCAUGGUCACUGCUGACAUGGAUAAUUGCAGUGACCUGAACUCAGAGCUGCAGAGAGUGCUGACAGGCCUGGAGAAUGUUGUCUGCUGCAGGAAGAAGAGCAGCUGCAGCCUUUCUGUGGCCGAAGUGGACAGGCGCAUUGAGCAGCUCACCACGGCCAGUGAGCACUGUGACUUGGCCAUCAAGACAGUUGAGGAGAUCGAGGGGGUACUUGGCCGGGACCUGUAUCCCAACCUGGCUGAAGAGCGGUCUCGUUGGGAGAAGGAGUUGGCCGGGCUGAGGGAAGAGAAUGAGAGCCUGACCGCCAUGCUGUGCAGUAAAGAAGAGGAGCUGAACAGAACCAAGGCCACCAUGAAUGCCAUCCGGGAGGAGCGGGACCGGCUCCGGAGGAGGGUUCGAGAGCUUCAAACACGACUACAGAGCGUGCAGGCCACAGGGCCCUCUAGCCCUGGCCGCCUCACUUCCGCCAACCGCCCAGUUAACCCCAGUACCGGGGAGCUGAGCACGAGCAGCAGCAGCAAUGACAUUCCCAUUGCCAAGAUUGCUGAGAGGGUGAAGCUAUCGAAGACCAGGUCUGAGUCUUCAUCAUCGGAUCGGCCGGUCCUAGGAUCAGAAAUCAGUAGUAUAGGGGUAUCCAGCAGUGUGGCGGAACACCUGGCCCACUCUCUUCAGGACUGCUCCAACAUCCAGGAAAUCUUCCAGACACUCUACUCACAUGGAUCUGCCAUCUCCGAAAGCAAAAUUAGAGAGUUUGAGGUGGAAACAGAACGAUUGAAUAGCCGCAUUGAACAUCUCAAAUCCCAAAAUGACCUCCUGACCAUAACCCUGGAAGAAUGCAAAAGCAACGCCGAAAGGAUGAGCAUGCUGGUAGGAAAGUAUGAAUCCAAUGCCACAGCACUGAGGCUGGCCCUGCAGUACAGUGAGCAGUGCAUAGAAGCCUACGAACUGUUGCUGGCCCUGGCGGAGAGCGAGCAGAGCCUCAUCCUGGGGCAGUUCCGGGCAGCUGGCGUGGGGUCCUCCACCGGAGACCAGUCAGGGGAUGAAAACAUCACUCAGAUGCUCAAGUGCGCGCACGACUGUCGGAAGACCGCUGAGAAUGCUGCCAAGGCCCUGCUCACGAAGCUGGAUGGCAGCUGUGGGGGCGCCUUUGCCGUGGCUGGCUGCAGCGUGCAGCCCUGGGAAAGCCUCUCCUCCAACAGCCACACCAGCACAACUAGCUCCACAGCCAGUAGCUGUGACACCGAGUUUACUAAAGAAGAUGAGCAGAGGCUGAAGGAUUACAUCCAGCAGCUCAAGAACGACAGGGCGGCGGUCAAGCUGACCAUGCUGGAGCUAGAGAGUAUCCACAUCGAUCCCCUCAGCUAUGACGUUAAGCCCCGGGGGGACAGCCAGCGUCUGGACCUGGAAAAUGCUGUGCUGAUGCAAGAGCUGAUGGCCAUGAAGGGACCUCAUAGCAUCUGUGCUCCGCAGGAGGAGAUGGCCGAGCUGAAGGCUCAGCUCUACCUACUGGAGAAGGAGAAGAAGGCCCUGGAGCUGAAGCUGAGCACGCGGGAGGCCCAGGAGCAGGCCUACCUGGUACAUAUUGAGCACUUGAAGUCCGAAGUGGAGGAACAGAAGGAGCAGCGCACACGCUCACUGAGCUCCACCAGCAGCGGGGGCAAAGACAAGCCUGGCAAGGAAUGUGCUGAUGCUGCCUCUCCAGCUCUGUCACUGGCUGAACUAAGGACAACGUGUAGCGACAGCGAGCUGCCUGCGGAGUUCGCCAGCGCCAUCCGUAGAGAAAAGAAGUUGAAGGCCAGAGUUCAAGAGUUGGUGAGCGCCUUGGAAAGACUCACCAAGAGCAGUGAAAUCCGGCACCAGCAAUCAGCGGAGUUCGUUAAUGACCUAAAGCGGGCCAACAGCAACCUGGUGGCUGCCUAUGAAAAAGCAAAGAAGAAGCAUCAAAACAAACUGAAGAAGUUGGAGUCUCAGAUGAUGGCCAUGGUGGAGAGACACGAGACCCAAGUGAGGAUGCUCAAGCAAAGAAUAGCUCUGCUGGAGGAGGAGAACUCAAGGCCACACACCAAUGAGACUUCACUUUAAUUGGCAGUUGGGCACAAAGCUCUGCCUGUGGAAGCCUAACUCUAGCAGGUCACCGGGGAGAGAAGGGCCCUGGGAGACAGAGCACCUGGUGGGAGAGUGACAAAAGGGAAGGCUAGCAGGUAGGUCAGCACCUGCAUAACAGAGUACCAUGGACUCAGCUCUGGGGAUGAGUGGCCUGGUGAUACCAUGUACUCUCCCCAGAGGAUCUUGUGCCUCCCCUUCUGGGACCAUGGACAGUGUGUAAAUACCUGCUCUGUGUGCCAUGCUCAGUAGGCCUUGCUUUUGCUUUCAGCACUGGCAGUCACUCUCCUACCCGUUCUGAAGGUUGUGCAUCAGUGGUACCCUUGGCAUUUGUUUUAUAAGAUGGUCCAUUCUUUUCUUCUCUUUUGGUAGUGAUCUGGUCUUUCACAUCCCCAGUUUCUCCUUUCUUUCUUCAGGGAUAAACACAGACACACAUGUGGGAGUGGGAGAAGGUGUCUUUGGCCUCUGGAACUGCUGAUUUGCUUACUGUGCAACCAGGAUUUGGCUUUCAAGACCCUCGUACCAGCUCUGAGAGACAGGCUGUCACUCAGACGUGCUCCGAGAAGGAGAUUACAGGGGGAUGGUACAUAGGGGUUACAGUCCCAGAUACAUUUAAAGUUACAGGUCAGGCAACCCCAGGGCUAUGGCUGAACGAUUGUUUGGGAGAAUGAGCACUUCUUUCACCUCUCACUGUGGAGGUAGGGCUGGGAAGGACACUUUCUUUUGACUGUCGGAUUUUCCCUCCCAGUGCAGCCUUAUUAAAGCCAAGACUUAGAGCUGAGAUAGUCCUAUUGAUACAGAUGGUGGAACUAAAAUUCUAUCAGGAGUUUCCUCAAGAACAGAAGAGCAUUGUUAGUACUUUUGCCCACCCCAGGGCACCACAUAAAUGCUAUUCUGCAGGAAUCAAAAUUCAUCCACAUGAGUACACAUGUAGCUCUGGACCUGCCUCUCUUUCUCUAAGGGCAAGACACAGGACACCAAGUUUUGCAGGUGAUCCUACUUAUUUAAAGACUGCUACUGAAUUUUGCUUCCAAAAGGGCAGGGGGUGAAGGAAUGGUUGUUGAGGCCUCCUUUUAUCCAUCCCCCACCCUGAAGUGGUGGUUAGUAUACGGUACUUGAACAGAUUAAAUUUCAAGCAAACUGCUGACAGGGCUAGGCCAGGACCAAAGUACCUGAAUUCUUUUUCCUGAAAUUCUUUCUCCAUCUUAAAUUCAUUAGUCCACCUCAUCUUUCAAUUCUUCUGUAGUUACCCCACAUGGAUACAUUUUAAAGGACCACUUGCCUUUCAUUCUGAGUUGAAGAGCUACCCAAGGUCCCCUGAGAAUUAUAUCCCAAUGCCAGAAAUGACAGUUUUGUUUAUGACCAGGUCACCACAUUAGAGUCCCAAUGUCCAUGAGCUGAAGAUCUGAUUUCAGACAACCUGAUACAAGUUUACCAGCCUUCUUUGCUAUAGUGAAGGCCACUCCAGCCACCACCUAGGAGGGCAGAGCAGUUUGAGCAAUUCUAUCCCAAAAGCAACCACCCUUCUUUCUUAGGCCAGCAGUAGGCUGUCCAUCUUACCAAAAAAAAAAAAAUAUAUAUAUAUAUAUAUAUAUAUCACCCCAAACCAAAAAAAGUUACCAGUCUGAAAGGACCAGCUUUUGGCUGAUUUGAUCACUGUGAAAGUGCCCCCAGGCUCCUGUUUCUGUUAUGAAUCUACCAUUUAGUCAAAGUUCUUUUGAUUUCUUUAAAUCAAUUUUUAUAUACUUCAGAUAAAAUUUCAUUUUGUCAUAUGGAAAAUGUGGCUGAAAAAGUUAUGUGCAAAAAAAAAAAGGUUCAGAAGACAAAAUGUUGGUUUUCCCCAUUUUUCCAGUUUGCCAAGGGGAGAUAGCGCUCUGUCCAAGGUUGGGAACAUUCGUGGCUUUCCCUUUUGUGACUGAACAGGCAUCGAAACAGCUUUCCUUUUCACGAACACUGUAAAGUGUGGCUGACACAAGGAUACGAUCCUCCCUGCUGACUUCCAUCUACCAUUCUUGGUCCAAGUUAAAAGAGAACUCCUCCUUUUAGGGUCAUGUAACUAACUCUUCCAGACCCAGGAGGUCUCAGCUCCUCCAUUAUAAGCCCCAAUAUGACUGACCCUACCUGGCCUCCUUUCGAAUUUAUACUUCAAUGUAAUACUUUUAAAUAUGUGGUGAUUGGGUAAAAACAUUUCCCCAGAAAGAAUGUUACUUUUAUAAACGUGUGGAAUUUAAAAAAGCAAUUAAAUAGCUACUCCUUUCCUUGUAUUUUUCAAAUACUCCCUAAGACAAGAUCCUUGUUGAAGCUCAACCAACAGGCAUUUGUUUAUGCUACUUGUGGGGCCCAGUAAAGCCACAUUGAUUAAAUAAAUAAUUGCAGGUACCCGAA